UCUCUCUCUGUCUCUUGUCUCUGUCUCUACGCGCGCCGGUGUAGCUGCGGGGGAGUAAGCGACGCUCCGAACCAUGGGAAGAGCUCCUUGCUGCGACAAAGCCAGCGUCAAGAGAGGGGCGUGGUCUCCUGAAGAGGAUGCCAUCCUCAUGAGCUACAUACAGCAGCAUGGCUCCGGCAAUAACUGGAUCACUCUCCCCGUCAGAGCUGGGCUGAAGCGGUGCGGCAAGAGCUGCAGGCUGAGGUGGCUCAACUACUUGAGGCCGGACAUCAAGCGUGGCGGCUUCUCUGAGGAGGAAGACAAUGCCAUUUUGACUUUCUACUCUGUUUUCGGGAGCAGAUGGUCGCUGAUAUCUUCGAGACUGCCCGGAAGGACGGACAACGACGUGAAGAACCACUGGAACACCAAGCUGAAGAAGAAGCACCUCUCUGCGGGGAAAGCGGCUUGUCUCAGGAGAGAUAAAAAUCGGAACUUGGGCGGGCCCGCGGUCCCCGACGUUCCUAAACUCGAGACCCACGAUGAUCAUAUCGUAGAUUCAUCAUCCUAUUGCUUGUACAACAACAGUUUCAGCUCGUUGCCCCAGUUACACGCGAGCCCUGGCCAUCAAGAACACAGUAGCUUCGAUCACCAGGACCAGAAAGCACCUAGCUUUGUAGCUCCGACCGUAAUGGCAAGUUCGGAUUUUGGCACCGGUGGGAACAACUUCGGCGCCGCCUCUUCAACAUCGCCUCAGGAGGUCUCGAGCCUCUCCAGCGCCUCGUCUUCUCUGGCGUUUCCAGGGAACGAUGAAGCCAACGCGGAGGAGGAGCAGAUCUUUCUGGAUUUCGACUACGAUAUCCUGAAUAGUUUUUGGUCGUGAACAAAGAGCACGGUUUCAUUCGGCUGACAUAGCUUUAGCUUGUUGAUUGAUUAACUGGGGACCCAGAAACGGAUUCAGGAGAGAUUAGAUGUUGUUUAAAGCUAGGAAAGUACAUGAAAAUGGAGUGUUGAAGGCUGAA